AUGGCACCCUCACCCAAACGAAAGAUAUCCUCUGCACCCCCAGUGGCCGGCGCCAAAAGAACAGCCGCGUCUCUCCUUCCUGCCUUCGAACCCUUCUCAUCGUCACCUGCGCUUCCACGUGGCAUCAAACGAUCUCGUGAUGCCUUGUCUGAGAUUGUAACCUAUCCUACACCUGUCCCAACAUCUUCAACCGCAGUUCCAUCCUCUUCUCCUCCGGCUCCGUCCAAGUCACGUCAUUCAUCCAAGCGUGCUUAUUCCACAGUAUCCGAACGUGCUCCUCUUGCCGAUGUCCCAUCGAUCGAGCUACCUAGAGAUGGCAAAAAGAUACUGAUGGGACGGUCGAGUGCGACUUGUGACUAUCAGCUCUCUUCCAACCGUUUGAUUUCCAGAGUACAUGUUACAGCUUGCUUCAAGCCUGCUUCGUCGAACCUCAAACAAGACCAGAUUGAGAUCACUUGUGCUGGGUGGAAUGGUAUAAAGGUACACUGUCGUGGAAAGGCAGUAGUGUUGAGCAAGGGUGAUACUUUCACUUCCUGUCACAAGGGUCUAGACGUCAUAGUUGACGCACAAGAUUCUCGUAUCUGUGUCAAAUGGCCGAGCAAGGAUGACACACCAUUCAGCUCUGGAUCUUCAGAUGAAGAAGGCUCUCCUAGUCGACGUCCAAGAUACCUCAAGCGCCACUCCACUCCACCGAGCCCACAUCUGCCCCAGCAACAGAUCGCCUCACCAGUCUCACCUUCGCCCGCUGUCCAGCCCACUCCAAAUGUCUCCAUUCCGUCUUCUCCGCCCAGCCUACUGCAACCGACUGGAGGUCCGGUCAUUGUUUACGAGGACAAGUCGGUCUCUCCUCAAAACACUCACCAUAAACCAAUGACCGUGUCUCAAACAACUGUCAAGAUGUCUCAACCAGCCAGCGUUCUGCUUCCUCAAUCUCAGGAUAGUUUACUUAGCGUGUCUCAAGACUUCUCCGAUCAAGAUGAAGAGAAUGACCCGAUCAUUCACUCCUUCGGUCCUUUUGGUGCUAAUCUCCUUCCCCGCAUGGCAUCGUUCACCACUGGAGAAUCACUUAUUACCUCGCCACGCAAAGAGUCUCGAGCUCGUCCUGAGCCUUUGAAAUCCUCAGCUUCACCUUCUCAAGCACGGAAGAGAUCCAACUCAUUCGACCUCAAGACCCAUGUUAUCAAUCAACUAGCAUUCUCACGUCUUUCUUCUACUCCUCUGUCUACUAUUCUUAGCCACUUUCCCGAUGAUGCUGGAGAUUGCUCCGCUGAGAAUGUGAAAGAGGUCAUCGCCCAGACCAGUUGCAUUGGGGAGGUCACUCGUGAAGGCAAGGAUGCUGCUGGCAGACCUCUGGAGAGCGAAUACUAUUACAUUCCCGAUGAGGACGGAGACGAAGUGAGACGGGAAGCUGUUGUCAACGAACUUCGGAAGCCUGGGCUGCGAGCCUGUCUUGAGCGCCGCAUGAAUGCCAAUCAUGUUGGAGCCAAGCUGUUGAUCGAGUACGGACCCGAUCAAUCAUCUCUGCUGGGCAACAUGGAUGCAGUUACCUCGGACCGGAGGAGAUCUCCAGGUGUGGAGGUGGAAAGUACAUCUUUACCCGACUGCCUGUCUUCGGCUUGUCUUCCACGCUGCACUCCCCCGUGUCACUUCGAUCUUCAUCGGACAGACAUCAUGGUUUCCACGUUCUACUCUUUUGAACAGAACUCGGGUUGGACAAGAGAAUAUCCAGGCCAAGAAGAGAUAUUGGACUACCUUAUUGGCGUUGCGCAAAAGUAUGAGUUAUAUCGCUAUAUCCGCUUCAAUACCUCUGUGGAAUCAGCGCAAUGGGACAAUGCAGAAAAGAAGUGGAAGACUGCCGUCAAAGUGACUGCCUCAAAGGAUGCAGAGUUUGGGGACUCUUAUACUCUGACGUCGGAUUUCCUUGUUUCGGCGGUCGGACAGCUCAAUGUCCCCCGAUUUCCCAAUAUUCCAGGUCUUGAUGAGUUUCAAGGCACAACGAUGCACAGUGCAAGAUGGGAUUGGUCCUACGGUUUAGAAGGAAAGCGCAUUGCUGUGAUUGGCAAUGGUUGCAGCGCUGCCCAGAUUGUUCCUGAAAUCGUCAAAGCUGCAUCAAAGCUUACGGUAUAUCAGCGGACAGCAAACUGGAUCAUUCCUCGAGGUGAUGCACCCAUCCCAUCCUUCAAACGUGCACUAUACAAAUAUGUGCCUCCUAUUCGAUGGCGACACAGAGCAGAUCUGAUGGAUAUCCGAGAGUCGUCCUAUGCUGCGAUCCUCGAUCAUCAUUCUCAGCUUGCGGAAAUGUUGAUGGAUCUAAGCAAGGGUCUCAUGAAAGCACAGCUGCCCGAUAAGCCGGAAUUAUGGGACAAAUUGACCCCGAAUUAUCCUAUUGGAUGCAAGAGAAUCAUCAGUACAGAUGACUACUUUCCAGUUUUCAAUCAGGAGCAGGUAUCUCUUGAAACGCGGCCAAUCUCGAAGAUCACAGAGAAGGGCAUUGAGGUUGAUGGUAAAGAAAGCGACUACGAUCUCAUCGUCCUGGCGACGGGUUUUCGAACUGUAGAAUUCAUGCAUCCGAUCAGAAUCACCGGCAGUGCAGGCCGUUCCAUCUCCGAUAUUUGGGCUAAAGGUGGUCGAGCACUAUACGGCAUCACGGUCGAAAGCCUACCCAAUUUUGGCAUGCUCUAUGGUCCCAACACCAACCUUGGCCACAACAGCAUCAUAUUAAUGAUUGAGGCGCAGUCAAAGUACAUCUGUGCCCUGGUGGCUGAAGUGCUUCGAGCUCGUCAAGCAGGGAAAUCGCUCACCAUCACACCUAAGAAAGAGAGGUUGGAGGAAUACAACAACGAGCUACAGAAGAAGCUUAACACGACCGCCUUUGCACAUCCGAGCUGUAGAUCGUGGUACAAGAAUGAGGAAGGGGUUAUCACGAACAAUUGGUCUGGGACGGCGAUCGAGUAUCAGAAGAUGCUCGAAAGGGUGAGAUGGACGGAUUAUGAAUUAUCAGGCAAUGGAGCAGAUGAGAUGCCAGAGACAAGUUUGAAGAUACCCAGAGUGGUUGAGGAGACGUACCUUAGCUAUACCGUGCUGGCUUUGGGGGUAGCUAGCAUGUUGGCUGCAGGAGCAGGAUGGGCCCUCAGGAGCUCGGGAAGAUUGAGAGUCAGGUGA